AAGCAUGGAUCUCCGUAAGUUCAGCACACAGAUAUGAGCAUAGUUGGAAUACAGAGCCCCAAAGGAUCAGAGAGCAGUCUGAAUUCUCUUCCUCUCUCUGACACACAAACCCCUCCUGGAAUUAACACAGCUCCUGAGUGCCCUUCCGCCCUGACUUUCCUCUGCACCAGGAAUCUGUAGAACAAACCACUUCCCAGACCUUCCAGACAAGCCAGGAAAAUUAAACGGGGAAAAAUAUUCUGAGGAAGUUUGAGACAAAGAAAUCAGAUUAUAAGGAGGCUAAAGGGACAGGACUUGAGGGGAACCAAAUUGGCCUCAGUAUGAAGGCUAGAUGCAGCUGGAGCACAAACAUGAAGUAAAAUUUGAUGUACCACAAGGACAUUUCAAUUCAACUCUCAAGGUGUGACCCGUGAAUUACAGAACAGAGAGGAGAAUCAGUGGGUAGCACCUGAAUAACUGUUCACACAGGUAUACUCAAACAUAGAUGGAAACUCUCUGCAAAGCUGAGAGACUGAAUCAGGUUAACAGGUCACAUUUGACCUCUCAUGGAUUGUUUGCUGCUCCAACCAAAAGAGAUGCCCACAGAAGGACUCAAUCAUAAAUGGCACAUACACGGGUUGCUAACUAUAUCCAUGAACUGAAAAUGAAUGGAAUCAUGGUUAUGACCCUGUAAUUAACGUCACUAAUGCUGACCCCCUUCUGCUCUUGUCUAAGCUUGCUUCUCAGUUGACUUUGACUCAUGGAACCAAUUGGGAAUUGGGACAAGCUCCCAACCAAUGACAGCAUCAAUGAGAUCGUCCUCAAGAACAGCUCCAAUUCCAGCUCUCAGUUUACGGGAGUCCAGUUGAUCCAGUCCUUCAAGCCCCUCAUCAUCCCCUGCUACGCCCUGGUGGUGCUGAUCGGCAUCUUCGGCAACUACCUUCUCCUCUACGUCAUCUGUAGGACCAAGAAGAUGCACAAUGUCACCAACUUCUUCAUCGGGAACUUGGCUUUCUCAGACAUGCUGAUGUGUGCGACAUGUGUUCCUUUUACCCUGGCCUACGCCUUCAACCCACAGGGCUGGAUCUUCGGGAAGUUCUUGUGUUAUUUCGUGUUCCUGAUGCAGCCAAUGACAGUCUAUGUGUCUGUCUUCACCCUCACAGCGAUUGCUGUAGACAGGUACUAUGCCACGGUGCACCCACUGAAGAAGCGCAUCUCGGUCACCACCUGUGUGUAUGUGGUGGGUGGAAUCUGGUUGCUGUCCUGCACGCUGGUGGCCCCCGCCAUCGCCCACACGUAUCACGUGGAGUUCCAGAAGGAAGGAUUUGCCAUCUGUGAGGAGUUCUGGAUGGAGAAGGAGAAGGAGCGCCUGGCCUAUGCCUACAGCACCCUGAUCAUCACCUACAUCCUGCCCCUCUCAGCUGUCUCCCUCGCGUACAUCUGCAUCACAGUCAAGCUGAAGAACCGCGUGGUGCCCGGUCACCCAACGCAAAGCCAGGCAGAGUUCGACCGGGUGAGGAAGAGGAAGAUCUUCCGCCUCAUCGUGCUGGUGGUGGCUGCCUUUGGGAUCUGCUGGCUCCCCAUCCAUGUCUUCAACAUCAUUCGUGACAUAGACAUCAAUCUCAUCAACAAGCACUACUUCCUGCUCAUCCAGCUGCUCUGCCACUGGUUCGCCAUGAGCUCCUCCUGCUGCAACCCCUUCCUCUACGCCUGGCUGCAUGACCGCUUCCGCAGCGAGCUGAAGAAGAUGUUCACCUUCAAGCAGAAAAUCAUCCCCACCAAUAACUGCGUAGCCGUGAGCGUGAUGCUCUGAGACCCGGAAUCUGGGUUCUCUGCUUUCUGAUGGUCUCGCAUUUCUCUCACUCUUUGCAUCCCAAACUGAGACACACAAGAAUCAGCACACCCACCUCCUGAAAUGCAGGCUCCUCGCAGGUGGAAGGCUGUGACUAUUUACGAGUUUAACAGCAGCCAACCAUAUUGCACGAGAGUUCUGGGACGUGAAGUGAAUGAUGCUGUAUUCCACCGCAAUUGCAAUGGGAGUUUGGGAUUUUAAAUUACAGAAUUACAAUAUGCCCCAGCUCUUGCAAAAAGUGCCACCAGGUCUUUGAUGUGUGCAAAUCAUGGGGUCCUCGGGUUUCUGCUCAUCUGCUCCAGCACUGUCAUGUCCUUUAGAACGUGAUGAAGCUCAGUACUGGCUCAGAGGAAAGAGCACAGGGUAUCUCCCACAUCUGCAUGGUCCCCAGAUGUCACCCAUCCAAGAACUGAACUUUAAGAACCAGAGUGCUUUUUUACCCAAAGCACGAUCAGCCUGGGGAACACACCAUCAUAAGGCAUCUUUGAGGUACAGACCAUAGCAGAUUUCAGAAUAAGGAUACCCAGAACACUAGACAGGACCAAAAUAUCAAAGGGAUACACACCGUCAUGCGUAAGCCAAGCACUAACUGCAGAGGGUCAGGAAGACAUUUUCCCAGGGGCACUGUACUACAUAACUGUCCAUUGUGGGGGUUUACACUUUCCUCAGAACCUUCUAGUAUUGUCCACUGUGGCAGACAAGAUUGUGAACUAGUUGGAUCUCAGGUCAGGUCCGGUCUGGCACUUCCUAUGUUUGUACAGCCUGCUUGCCAUGUUGGAUAUGAUACCAUCACAGCACAAAGCAGCAUGACUUCAGGGCAAUAGCCUGGGGAAAAGUGGAUUUGUGUCUAAUGGUGAUGGGAGGGUGGGUAUAUGUGAACAAAUACUGCACCAUAUUCAGCCCUGCAUAUAUUGGUGCACAACCCCCACCUCUCCUGAUUAAGUUAAAUAGGAAUUGAACUGCUCCUCCAUUCACUCAGGGUGAAAGACUGACUUAUUGUGCAUAGUUUCCUCUUUCUUUCUUUCUUUCUUUCUUUCUUUCUUUCUUUCUUUCAACAGAAGAAUGAUUUGGUUGGCCAUGGGAGGGGCUGCUUAAGUCAAACAGAAGCU